GGACCCCUGGCAACUCCAAUUGGCAGUUAGUACACGUAGCUGGCGACGAACACUGGAAGGGGAAAAAUCGAGUUGCCGGCGAAGGGGACAAGCCCGGUUGGUCUGGGCCUGUAUGCCAUGAACUACUAACCGUACGUCCAGUAUAAACUCGACUCUACCCUCAAACACACUGAGUAUUCCCGAUAAAAGUGACUAAUAGGAGGCAGUAUCCAACCCCUUGGAGUUCAUCAAGUCAUCGUCUCGAGUUUCGCCAGAUUAAUCAAAUAAAAACAUGUCAAACCCCGUGAGCCCAUCGUUGAAGGACCUCCCCAAGGUCUCGCUCGACCUGAAGAGCGAGCUCGAGGGCUUCAAACACGACUGCAUGAAGAAGGCGCCCACCAUCGUCAAAGACGUCCUGCCAUCCGCAGAAGACGUACGACAGGAACGACAGCAUUCAGACUUGAUUCACGACGUGGAGACGUUUAAAACCGGAAAAUUGAAGCACGCAGAUACGAAAGAAAAAAUAGUAUUGCCAAAUGCAAAAGACGUUGCUGCUGAGAAAACACAGCAGACUCUUCUCUCCGGUAUCGAGGCGUUCGAUACGACCAAGCUGAAGCACACAAAAACUGAGGAGAAGAAUCCCCUUCCCGACAAGACCGCUAUUGAGCAGGAGAAAGGAAAGCAGCAGUUCAUUUCCGGGAUCGAGAACUUUGAUCCAGCCCAGCUGAAGCACGCUGAGACACUGGAGAAGAAUCCCUUGCCAACCAAAGAGGCUAUCGCCGAAGAGAAAAUAGCAGCUUAAACGUUCCACCAUCGUAUUAAGAAUCAUCGAAGCGUUUGCCCGACAUUUUCAUAUUUCUUUUCAAUUAUCUAACGUCUUAAUGAUUUACAAAUAUGUUACCACAAGCAAAAGUGUAAAAACGCGAAGAAAAGGCAAUUCAUCGCGUUUGAGCGUUAGCGAACACCACAACAAGGACAAAAGUGUCGGUGAAAUUAUUUAAAUUCGCUUAUUAAUGGUAAAAAACGUUAUUUAGAAGUUUUUGAAUCAAGAAAGGACGAAAAACAUGAAAGUUAACUGUCACUGCGAAAAAAAAGGCUGUCAAAAAAACUGCCCGAAUGGCCAGUAUUUAUCCCAACGGAAUUGGUGCAAUUUGAUGGAUCUGCGUAUUUUUAUAUGAAUCCCAGGGUCUUCUUAAAUCAUCCAAUACCACAAAUGCGCAGGAAAUUGAAUUAAUAAGGUCAUUUCAGUAACAAAUAAUGGAAUAAAAUGAGAUGAGUGAAGUCAAA